CUGCAACCGCUUCCACCACGGCGCCGCGUCCCUCGUCCUUCUCCUCCAUGCGUCAGGGUUUCCAGUGCUGCAGUUAGCCUUCGGUUCCUCACAUCAUUUGUUCAAACCUGCGACCGUGGAUCAGAGUCCAAAUUAAUGCAAUUUUUCUGAUCCAUGCUGGUUUGCUUCAAAUGAUAUUGGACUGAAUUCAACACUUCAAUUGUAGGCUGACCUAUUUCAUACAUAAUAAGGGCAACAUAUAUACAAUAACUGCUGCAACCUGUACAGCACCCGAAGGAAUGGAAUCUCUGUGGACAAUGGUUGAUCUUUUUGUGAUGUUAUUCCUGGUUGCAGUAGUAGGAUUUGCCUCUGCAAUAGUCUUUGAAGCAUAUAGAAGAAGAAAUAACCAUGAGCAUGUUGAAGGUGCGGCUAUUUUUGAGGAUCCCAAUUCAUUGAAACAGGUUCCUUGCCCACACAUUGUUGAUCCAGCAACGAAGUAUAUGUCUUUAAUAAUUCCUGCAUUUAAUGAGGAGCAUAGGCUUCCCGCAGCUCUUGAUGAAGCUAUGAAUUAUCUUCAACAACGUGCCUCAAAGGAUCCUUCAUUUUCAUAUGAGGUUUUGAUUAUUGAUGAUGGAAGUUCUGAUGGGACUAAAAGAGUAGCAUUUGAUUUUGUGAGGAAAUAUACAGUGGAUAAUGUGAGAGUUAUUCUUCUUGGAAAAAAUCAUGGCAAGGGAGAAGCAAUCAGAAAAGGAAUGCUUCAUUCACGUGGUGAAUUACUUCUGAUGCUGGAUGCUGAUGGAGCAACUAAAGUUACUGACCUAGAAAAGCUUGAAAAUAGGAUCCAAGCUGUUGCAAAACAAGAGUUUAAGAGCGGAGAUUCAGCCACUAGUGAUUCAAGUUUUAGAAUAUCUGAUAUCCCCAUUGCUGCGUUUGGUUCAAGGGCUCAUCUAGAGGAGAAGGCUUUGGCUACAAGGAAGUGGUACCGUAAUUUUUUGAUGAAGGGUUUCCAUCUUGUGGUUCUCUUGGCUGCUGGUCCUGGAAUUCGUGAUACCCAGUGUGGUUUCAAAAUGUUUACUAGGGCUGCAGCCAGAAAGCUUUUCACAAAUGUCCGCUUAAGGAGGUGGUGCUUCGAUGUUGAAUUAGUCUACCUAUGCAAAUGGUUUGGAAUCCCAGUUGCGGAAAUUUCUGUGAAUUGGUCUGAGAUUCCAGGAUCCAAGGUGAAUCUAUUGAGUAUUCCCAACAUGCUAUGGGAGCUUCUGUUCAUGUCUAUGGGAUACAGGUCUGGUAUGUGGAAAAUUUCUGCAUAAGCUUUUGUGCUGUACGUUAGUGUUUUAACAUCAGAUAUACAGUGUUAGAUUAUAAGAAAACAGAAGAUUAUUCACUCCCUUUUUAAGUCUUUGGGGCAACAACUAUAUUUAAAUGUUUAUAGGUGAAGCCUUAGCAUAACCUUCAGACUCAGACUCUAUUAGGUUUCGGCAGCAAGGUCUUAAUCUUUGAACGAGGUGGAGAUUUUGAACGAUUCAUAGUUGUUUGUGUUGAAUUAGAGGAAAGUAUUCUAACCACACUUGUUAAUCUUAUGUUUUUUGACGUUAGAAAAGGUUGCAACUGACCAAAGCGAAAAUAAGUGUUGGUUUGGUUUAA